CUCUAUAACUUUCCGUCCGAAACUUUUCCCGAAAACGUGCGCAAUUAUUCAGGGAAACUUUAAAUUCCGAGAACUGUAAAAUUCGAUCCAUGUUAUCCUACUCCUGAGGGAUGCGAUUUCGGUAUCGGAUUUAAUUUGUGAUUUAUGACGUACUUUAAGUUCGUGCAUUCAGACUGGCAGGAAAUAUGGCUGCCGCUGUGGAAAGUUCUUCUUCGAAUCAAAGGUAUUAUUGCCACCAAUGCGAUCAAAAUAUAUCUCCAACGAUACCGGACUAUACAUGCCCAGAGUGCAAUUUAGGAUUUAUUGAAGAGUUAAAAAAUGAUGAUGAUAUGGACGUAGAUGAGUCAAAUAGGAAUGAACCUGAGAACCCUUUUUCAUUUAUGAUGAGAAGCAUUGAGCCUGGAAGAAAUGAGAUCCGUCUCAGCAGACCGCCUAGAAGAAGGAGAGUUCACAUGCGAACGAGACCUGGGGGAUCACAGGAACAACAAUUUGGACAUUUUGCAGCUCUUGAUCAGCUUCUUCAAUUAUUUAAUCAAAGACCAAGGCCACCAGGCAUGUCUGGUGGGGAAUCAUUUGGAGCACCUGGUGGUUUCCUAAAUUUACUCCAUAUCCAUGGCAACCCAGCAGACUAUGCGUGGGGUGGCAGAGGACUGGACUCAAUUAUUACUAGGUUACUCGACCAAAUGGAAGGGUCUGGUCCACCCCCGGCGGACGCAACACAGAUCGAGUCGCUACCCACAGUAAAAAUUACUAAAGAAGAUGUUGAUGUAAGUUUAGAAUGUCCUGUAUGUAAAGAAGUGUUUAGUUUGGACGAAGAAGUUAAAAAAUUACCGUGUAAACAUUAUUUCCACGAGGAUUGUAUAACCCCGUGGCUGAAAAAGCAUGACUCGUGUCCAAUAUGUCGACUUAGUUUAAAUGGUAGAAAUAACAUGCAAAGCGAGGAACGUGUCGAGGAACUUUAAUUUGCGCGCGAGUGGGCACAUCACGUUCCACGCGAGACAAUACGAAAAAUAUGUAAAGUAUCGAGAAAUAUAUAGACGAUGUAAAUAUAGAAUGGAAACUUUUGCGUUUAGUAAACGAGUGUCCUUGA